AUGGCAACUUGCUUCGCCUACGGACAAACCGGCUCCGGAAAAACACACACCAUGGGAGGCGAGUUCCAGGGUCGCGGUUUACAGGACUGUUCAAAUGGCAUUUAUGCACUGGCCGGUAUGUUUGAUAGUAACCUUUUGGAAACUUCUACUUUGCCGAUUACGGAAAUUUUUAGCAGAAUUGCGUGAUCCGGCCUGUGUCAGCUUGGUAAAAUUAUUCUUACACACAAUUUCUGUUUUUCGAUGGCCUUAACUGUUCCUUGUUUUUAGCUCGCGAUGUGUUCCACCUGAACGCCACCAAGUACUCUCACGAAGACCUCUGUGUCGAGGCCGCCUUCUUUGAGAUUUACAGUGGCAAGGUGAGUUGCCAUAAAAUUUACUGUGAUGUACUUGAGUUUGUUUUGGAUAAAGGCAAGUAAGUGUGCUGUCUGUUUUUUGCCAAUCAGGUGUUUGAUUUGCUCAACAAGAAAGCAAAACUCAGGGUCCUCGAAGAUGGAAAGAAUCAGGUCCAAGUUGUUGGACUUCGAAUGGAACCGGUGCACUCUGUGGAUGAUGUACUUCAUCUCCUGCGUCACGGGGCCGACAUACGUACUAGUGGUCAGACCUCCGCAAAUCAACAUUCCAGUCGAUCUCACGCCGUCUUUCAGGUGAGCUGUUUUCUUUAAACACUGGCUGCUGAUCUUUUAGAGACGGCCAUUUCUACUGUUGUUUGCAAGAGUUAAGCAAAUAAAUUCCCCCGACAUCAGUUUAUGUUUGGCGACUGCUCCUUAAAAUACCCUGUUAACACAGCCUGCUUGCUUUUCGGCUGUGAUCCGGCAAAAAUCCGGGAGGUGUCCCCUUUUGAACAAUUGUCCCUUUAUGACAGAAAGCAUCCCCUCCCUGUCCGCGCAUUGUUGUGGAAUCCAGGAAAAACAGCGUUUUUGUCAGUUCAAACCCGAGAAUUUAAAGUUGCAGCUCAUGCAACUCAAUCUCAUUUCUACCGGGUGUAUGCAACGACAUUGGCUUUGGACUUCGAGAUUGGGCUGAGUAAAAGGCUUUUUACGCUGCUAGAUGUCACCCGUUGCAGGUAGAUGAGGAACUUUUCUCCUUCGUACCACAGAAGAAUUAAUCAGAAGUGGAUUUGGUCAGAUUUUACUCUGACUAUCCCUGAAAUCAACGGAGACUGUAUUGUCAGGGUAACUACAUGCGCCUGGCUCAUUUGCAUCGUAUGGCUAAAAAUCCAUUUUUCUACCGUGGUUCUUGCAACCUUAAUGCUCUGUUAGGUGGAUGCUGAGGAUGUAAGCAACCGAUUUCUGGCAAUCAGAAAGGAUAUUAGUUUCCCUGCUGCUACCGCUUGCAGCCACCCAUGUUUUCGCGAAUAAUUCCAGUCCACUUCAAGAGGAUAAAAGCCCAGGCGAGGGUUUCAUUUCUCUUGCCACUUUAACCGAUCAAUCCACAGCUCAUGAAGAUAUGUGACUAGCGGACUUAUCACCCCUAGCGGUCCUCCCCACCGUUAUGUUAGACCACAGUACCUUGGGCCCUGCUUUAGUCGGGCUUCAUUGAAUUUAUGUAAGUGCUUAACCGCGGCCACCCUCUCUGCCACUUCAGCCACUGCAUCCAGCCUAUCAACUGACCGGAGGAUCAUGAGAGAGGUGGUGUAAAAUGAGGCUAGUCCUAACAUGCCCAUUCUUUUGACGAAUCAGUGAAUUUCUCACUCUGACGUCUUUUGACCUAUCAGGAUGCGCCAGAAGUUGUGACUUGAAGGGUUACCGGUUAACAGCCUAGCCCCGUCGACCUCUGAAGCGAGGCUCAGGCUACAAUGACUCAUUGGCGCUGCCUUUAUGGCACACACUCACAUGCGUGAGAUUCGAGUCACUCUGAAUGAAGCCUAUUGCGUGUAGAGUUGGAGAGCAUGGUGUGUGGCACGCGCGUGAAGCAGCGGUGAAUCUCGUUGCUUAAGAUGGCCAGCUUGUAGUUAGUGGUGCGCCACGCAAAACUCAUUUAUUUUUUUGCUUACAUGCCCCUCUUACGGCUCCAGGAUCCGACCAUCGUCGCCGUUGUCCAAUGUCUGCUUAUUCCACCCAUUCAGCUGUAUGUUACAGCGCCUUGUCUUGUGCCCACAUGAGUCAUCCCAGACUUAUUCUGUGGGCGUCCAUUUGUUGCAGAUUUUGCUGCCGGGGCUUUUGACAUUUCCAGGUAGUUUUUAUUCGUCGCAUUACCUGUCUCUCAGUUGGUCAUGGAAAGUAUUCGCAGCCCUAAAAAAACGCUUGUUUGCUUAGUGUGCUAUCGCGUUCACAACGUCAUACUAUAAAGGGGGGUGGGGGGAGGGAAGAAAAACGGCGUAGACGCCGACAGGCUGUCUGGUCAGCAUCAUCCCCAGUUCCACCACUGCCCAAGCCCCCCACCACCACCACCACCACCGCCCAAACCUCCUCCCAAGCCGGUGAUGGCAUUGUCGGUCCGAAUUGCAAAAGACCUAUCUCACGUAGUCCCCACUGAUGGACCAAGCAGGAAAUCGUGUAUUCACCAGCUUGUCCAACUCCUGGCCGCAUAAGGCCUCGCUAUGCAAGGUGAAACAACUGCCUUUAUCUCGCUAGGGACAGUUUCUCAUUCCAAAAUUUCGGGACCGAGAACGUUGUUUAUCGCCUGCCCUCGCAUACCCCGUCAUUGAAUUUCUCGUUGGGGCGCGGAAGGCCCACAGUGUGGGGUGCGAAAACCCACUCCGCUUCGCGUUUUUCUUUGGAUUUGCUAACCGUGACUUUUGCCAGUGGCAUACUCUCACCUUAAGUCAUUCAGGCUUGUGCUUUCCUCGACUCAGCCUGCGUUCAGCGAAGUAACAGGGCAGUCCCUCCGUUUUGUUCUGAAAGUCACGAAGACAUUUGUUUUUAUUGGUACCACCCGUUUUAUAUUCAUAGCUAUGCAGUAGUUUUUUCUUACGCUCCAGAUCCUCCAGAGUAGUCCGUUUGUGAGUUGAAAGGCUCGAUGUACGCGAAUAGGCGAGUUAUGGGGGUAGUAACUGAGAUAAUGUACACUUUUCUGGAACAAACGGCUUGUUUGCCUAGAAUGCGGGGCUCCAUGCUUGAACACUCCAUUGGGAAUGGUGGGUGUAGGAGGGUAAGGAAGCAUAGGGAACUGUAUAUUGUGGUUGCUAUGUAGGCACGUGGGUGCUGGCAGGUAGGAUUUGUCUGAGUCCCCGAUUGUCGAGCAUUAGUAGAGCGCCUUAUAUCACUGCUGCGUCUCCGGUGCCUCCAUACGUCUGUCAGGCAGAAGAUUCGAACAUUGACUCGCGAACUUCAGCCCAAUUAAACUCUUAUUUCAGUCAACGAGCGUGCUUGCAACUGUGCUCCGUCUUAUCCGCUGCAGUUGCGCACUUUCUUGCAGUCAUAGGGUUUCAUUAACACCAGUGAAAGUCACAGUAUUUAAGGAUCUCUUGUGCAUAUUCUGACAUCAUCAGCUCAGAGACGCCAACAUCCAAAUUCGGUUUUGUAUUUUGUCUCCAUUGCAAUUGCCCAGGACGCGCAAAGACUUAUAUAGAAAAUUAAGAAAAACAGGUAUGUAGAGCCAGCUAGGAUGACCCUAUUUGCCAUUCGGCAAUCUGUCUAACAGAUUAGUUGUCUUUUUGAGGUCGUGUCAUUUAUUAGACGACAGUCGCCAGUGAGUACUGCACAAAAAAUUCUCAUUCAUAUACAAAUUAAGCCAUCAUUAUUUGGAUAUCAGCAAAAUUAUUGUCGUUUUUCUGCCUUCCACAGAAUAGUGGAGCUGAACGUAAAUGGCGAGUGGCAGUUAAAAUUACAGACGUCCGUCUUUACUUUGAGGGCAUUUACAUCCCUUUCCGAGAAGGUCUAGUGUAAUUGAGAAAAAUGACACCUGAUGAGUUUAGGGGUGCGCGCUAGUACUGGUUUAGAAAUACCUCGCAAUAAAUGAAUGCCUGUAGUCCAUGCACACGGAGGUGACUAGUUGCGAGAUUGUUCCCGACCUGGGCUUUAGUGAUGUUGUCUUUGGUGCAUGCACAAGUGUAUUCAGGACUGGCACUUGACACUGUCAUUGCAGUCCAGUACGUUUCUUUACCUUAGAAAGACAUGCAUCACGUAUGACAUUUCAUGCGUCGGAUAGUAAGCAGUCCAUUCCCUUAUCCUUACGCUCUCAUUUCCGCCAUUCCGACACAAAUCGGUUUUCGUCCCACCUGUCCAUCGGAUGAUCUUCUAACAAUACACAGGAUUUUUAAGCGUUUUUUGGCAAAUCCUAUUCCGACGUUCAUGUCUCUGAAACGUGGCCAGCGACUUGUGUCCGAGUUUACUCAUAUGUCAUUGUCUCCUGAAGCGUAUUCUUGAUCUGGCCAAUCGUCACCAGAGAAAAAACUUCCGUCUUCAACCCAAGUUGUUUUCUAUGGUUCUCAUGGGUUUUUUUGGCAUUCCUUAGGCCAUUCUUCCCUUUUAAGGUUGUGCCAGACAGAUGGUUUUGCUGCACCUAAUGUCCAUCCUAUCUUUCUGACAGGGUUAAUUAAGUUUUUUAGCCUAAUGGUAGUCUGAUGCAGUAUCAGUGGCAGCACUGUCAGCUUCACAUUGAGGGUUACCAGCAGCGGAUUCUAAAUGCGAAUGCCACACUUGAAAUCAAAUAUGCACUUUCGAGGGUGCUGUUAUUUCUACGCUCCGUCCGCCACAGCGGGACACACAGGGGCUUCGCUGGACCAACACGGAAGCCAGGUCAGGGUCUGGCACGCGCUGUUGGGCCGCGCAUCCAUAACAAAUACCGUAUAUGAUAGGGCAGUGCGAUGGCACGUCAAGGCACAAGCUCACGUCGCACUAGCAACAUGCCUUCGAUCCCGCCUCCGGUCAUCUUGACUUUAUCUUGGUGCCGGGCCCAAGAGGGCGAGGAAGGGCAGAAUGCGAUAGACGCAGUCCAAGUCUGCUAUCACAAUCACUGAUUUACUUGCAAGCCACCGUCCCUGCGCCCACCCUGCUGUGUUGCUCACGGUGGAAAUCUUUGGGAACGACGGUCGAACGGCCACCGAACUUGAGUGUAAACACCCUCGAUUUAAAGCGGAACAUAGUCACUCUCGGCUCAUGUUUACGAUAGUAGACAGUUGAAAUAAUACUUACGUGGCCAGAGUCCAAAUGUUUAUGAAAUCUGACCAUAUACUGUAUGUUUUACAGCAAGAAGUUUCAAGUAAACACAUGGCUUUCGGACCUGUCAGCUGUAACCUCCCCCCACCCCCUGUUCACUUAAAUAUCGUUUUUGGCACUUUGUUUUUAUGCCUCGGUUCUUUUAAGCAUAUGUCCACUGCGCUGGUCAAUUUAUCUCCCAAACCAGACAUUUUGUGAUUCCACUAUUUGUGUCCUGUCUCCUUCACCAGCAUCAGAUGCGUGCUAGUGUGCAACUCAUUCUGCAGGCAGUUAGAACAUCGCUCUCUCCCCCCCCCCCUUUUUAGCUCAUCUUGAAGAAACGCACGUCAAACAAACUGUUCGGCAAGUUCUCGCUCAUUGAUCUCGCCGGC